AUGGCUCCAACAGAAGCGUUUCAUGAUUUAGAAUUUGCUAUGUUAGAAAGAAAUGAAGGAAAGGUUGUUUCUUCAAUCGAAGCUCUACAAAAAGAUAGUAUUCACUCAGGUGAGUAAUGCUUGAAAACAUAUGUUUUUGUUCUCCUCAAGUUUCGGACGUUCCAGUUAUAAUAUUCCGAUCCCCAUAGCUAGUAGUAAUAUAGUGGUUACCGGGUCGUAUCUUUUUGUUUUGAUAAUUUAUGACCUUUCCAGAAUGUCUGUUUACAUGUAAAAAACUAUCACUUCUGCAGCUGUUUGCCUUACCACAACUUUUCUGAGUAAAUUCUCAAGUCUAAAUACAGCUGUACAUGAAGUAAAUUACAGGUAAACAGAAUUUUAAUCACUUGACCUAUCUUAUAGAUAUAAUAGAAGAACUGGAGGCCACAGUUAUUUGCCUGUGCAGUAGAGACUAUGUAGCAGCAUUACAGUUAAAAACAUCCCAACAGAUAUUUAAUACAGUGUGUACAGCUGCAGGUCAGUUUAUGAUUGUUACAAAUUUUGAUAAAUGCAAAGACCUCAGGUGGGUGACUGUUGUUGCCCACAUAAACUGGAUGGAGAGGGUUGGGUGUCCUGUGCUGGGGAUUGAAGGCUUCCAUGUGAAAGGGGUGGCAAUGCUUGUUGUGUUGCACAUGUUAUAAAUGGAGUAUGCAAAAUUAAUUUCGUCUCACUUUGGGUGUUCAGGCCAGGAUGCCAAAAUUUUUACCCCUGCAGUUAUCAAUCAGGGCCACAUGUAAAGGGAAUAAACAAAUUUAAAAAAAAAUGAGAGAGAGAGACAGAAAGAGGGAAAACAUUUGAUGAAAUGUCUUCAUGUCUAUAGUUCAUGUUAUUUGCAGGGUGCAAAGAAAAUCAUUUUUACAGCUUGCCAUUCGGGCUGAAGCUAGCAUUUACUAGCCCAGAUGUCAUUUCAACAAGCCCCAAAAACUUUUUGACUAGCAGAAUUGAUUUCACAGUUCUUCUGUUAUUUGAAUUCCUAAAAAAACAUCACUUGCCCAUCAGGGAAAGUUAAAAACAGAAUUCACUAGCCCAAUAACAAAAUCCACUAGCCCCAGGCUGUCGGACACUACUUUCUUUGCACGCUGUAUGAGGUUGUCUGUUUUCCAGCUAGACUCCCCACCCCGUUUAAAUAAUUUAGUGUAGAGUCCUUCCUUGGAACUGAUUGUAUGACUUUGUUUUUUCCAAUUUUUAUUUCAGAUGUUGAUCAAAUAAUUAACGAAAUUUCUUUGUUGUUAAAAUGUCAGGAGAGUACUGAAGUACAACUCAGGUAAGUGUACUUGUACAAAACACAUGCACAGCAUGAGACAAGAUAAAGGAAAUAAUAAUUAUUGAUUCAUUUAUCACUGUGUUUGGCUUAACUGGUAGCUAAUUCUUACUUUCUUAUAGUUACUUCUAUACAGUACACUCUAGGUAGAGAGAGUUCUGAUUUGAGGGAUAAUUGUUUAAAUGAUAAUUAUUUCACGUUUUUGUGCCGUAGACAUGUCCUGAUUCUUUUCAUCGGAGUUGCUUGCUUGGAACUCUUUAUUCAGUGUAACUGGACAGGUCCUAAGCCAAGUUUGGAUCCUCUUCUUGCUAACAAUGGGCAAGCUAACCAGCAAUUACUGGCAACACUGAGUCAAGAUGGGCAGGUGUGUAUACCAUGACAAUUCCUAAAACUCAGACCAGAUCAACACCUGCAUUCCUUACCCUAUUUUUUUGGAGUGUUGAUCUGAGAAAUUUGAACCUGCUUUUCCUCUCUUACAGAACAAAAGGGUUUUUUUAUGGUGGAAUGGUAUGCUAUCAGGAUAAAGAAAGGGCAUGAUCUAAAAUUGUCCCCUUUUUGGUUUACAAGCAAAGAAAGUGUAAAGUGGAAGGACAAAUUGUCAGUCUAGCAGAGGGAACUGAAGUUUUUUGGGUCUAUUAUAGGCAGUUUAAUUACAGGCUCAAGUGAAGUCACUGCAGACAUUAAUUUUUCUUUUUUUCUGACUUUUCAUACUACUAAUUGACAACAAUAAAACUGCAGAUAAAGUCUAAUCAAUACAAUACUGGUUAUUCUUUCUGCAAUUUAUUAAUUUUUUAAACAACAAUUUUUGUUGCAGCCAAUUACUAAUCCUCUGAUGGAUGGUCAAUUGUUUCUUCUUGUUGCCAAAGUUAUAUUAGUUGAAUUUCAGGAAAACUUUACUGAAUGUCAGGUAAAGUUAUUAACAAUCUAAAGUGCAUAACCUUAUUUUGACCAGGUCUAAGAAAACUGCCGAUACUUUGUGACACCACCAAUGGUUUCACCAUUCAAUGACAUCUGACGAUCAAGUGCAGAAAUUCCACUUUCAUGACAUGUCACUUACCUGAUCUUGGUACUGACACGACAUUGGUGUGGAAUUUCUGCACUUAAUUUGUUUCUCAGAAGUCAUAUUUUUGCGGGGAAACCAUUGGUGGCAUUGCAAUAUGUCAGCUGUUUUCAAAGCUAAUGUUGACCUUAUAUAAAUGAUAAAAUCAAACGUCUUUAAGUUUUCAGUUUAAUUUCAGUUCCCUUUUUUGUUUCCGUCAGAGUACCUUAUAUUCUUUGUUUGUGCAGGUUUUAGACUGAACACCAAAAAGAUUCAUUACCAUUUUGCAGUUUACACUUGUUUAUAGAAGUAACAUGCAAAUAAAAUUGAAGAGGUCAAAUUAUAUUCCUUGUCCUUUCCUUUGCAGACUGCUUGCCUCUGGACGUUGCGAUGUCUGGCAGUUCUUAGACAACUCUCAACUGAAAAAAAUGAGGCAACAAAAAACACAAUUUUUAGUUUAAUGGAGAAAGGUUGGUUUCUUUUAAAACUUUUAGAAUUAAUUAAGUACAUUGGUAACUACUAUUAAGUAAACUUAGAUUCAUGAUUAUUAUAUCAAUUUUGUGCCAUUAAUUAUUAUUAUAUUUAUCUGAUCUCUGAGUAUAGAGAUUAUGGUUUAUUUUCAUCCCUGUAAACUUGAAGAAUUCCAGUAUAUGUAAGCAAGAAUGUCACCUUAGUGUUACAUAUUCAUUCAUUAUUUUCUUGUUAUUAUUGUUUUCUCUGCAGUUGAAGAAAAAAAACUUUUACUCUCUUAUGGAAAGAACAGGUGUGUAGAAGAGGAUCUUUUCUUUAAUAAUUUAUUUACAUGUAUUAUUCACAUUGAUUGUGUGGUAAAAUGAAUUAAUAUUUGCACGUGACUCCCAUGAGGAUUGCUUUAGCCAAGUGUGAUCUUGCUUUUGUGAUAUAUUAUUCUGUUGGUUUGGUAUCCACAGUUGCCUAGCAACAAAGCAGUGAGUAAACAAACCACCACAAACCUUGCUGGGUUGAUUUAGCGGCUGCUUUAGAGGUUAAGAAAUGGUCAUUAGCAAUGAAUUUUGAAAGCAGAAGUACUUGAAAGAGAAAAUGGAACCAUUAGCUUUAAAAUACUGAGCAAAAAUCGAGGUAGGAAAACAUGUUUUGCAUCCCAUUUCGCAGACGAGUUACCGCAUCAGCUGUAAUGGGCAUAUGUUGUUUAAAUGCUAUGAAAUGUGUUUAAAGUUGGGUUUUUACUGUCAAAGCACUGGCCAUUUUACUAAAGAUAUCUUUGAAUUUGUGUUCAAUACAGCGCUUGUCAGUGGAAGUUCUAUGGGAAAGGCUUUAAGUAAAAUAUUAGUGACAAAUUGGUUGUUCAUCCUUAAGUGGCAUAGCGUUAAUGAAUUUCCCAACGAACAAGAUGUGCGGGGUUUGAUUCCUGGAAGAACUUUCUUUCUUUUUGCCCUUCCUUUCCUUUCCUUUCCUUUCUUUCUUUCUUUUUUUUUGCCUGGGGAGGGGGGGGGGGGGGUGUUUUUGUUUUUUUUUUUUUUUUUUUUUUACUUUGUUUUUUUUUUUUUUUUUUUUUUUUUUUUCCCCCCUGGCCCUUUUCUUAUUUUUUCCCUUUACCCAUUUCUCCCCGAGCCUCGUGUUUGUACGUUUUUUUGGUUUUUUUUUGGCUUGGUUUAUUUUUUAUUACAUUUUUGUUUUUUUUUGUUUACUGUUAUUUUUUUGACUUAAAAAUUGUUUUUUAAAUUUUUGCAUUCUGUUUUUUUUGUUUUUUUGGUUGGUCUGCGUCCCCGUCCCAUUCCCUUCUCCUCCCCUCACUUCUCUUCUUUCGUUUAGUUGUGUGUUAUUAGUGUCCCUCAGAGUUGGGUUGGGGUGUUUUUUUUUGUGUGUUUUUUUUUUUUUUUUUUUUCUUCUUUUUGUUUUUUUUUUUUUUUUUUUUUUUUUUUUUUUGGGGGGGGGGGGGGGGGGGGGGGUUGUUAUUGUACUUUUGUUUUGUUUGUUUAUACAUCGUAUAUUUUUUAUUUGUAUAUUUUCUUUUCCCCACUGGCCUCUUUCCUACUUUUUGCCAUUAACCCAUGCUACACGAGGCUCUGUGAUGUACGUUUUUGUAGUUUUUUUUUGGACUGUGUUAAUUGCUAAUACAAUAUUGAUUUCUUUAGCUUACCGGUAUGUUUUUGACCUAAAAAGUUGUUUAUAAAAGUUGGCCCAUGAAUUUGACCAACGAUCACUGACAAAAUGAGUUGACACACUUGGCUUCAACAACCUUUCCAUUUUUGGCUACAUAAUAUUAUUAUACGCUAUUUACAAGAGGCAAGUUUUUCUCUCUCCCCCCAAACAAUAUUGUGCCAUUGGUUGAAAAAAAAAAAAAGAGGAAACAACAUACUUAUCAGGGGUGGUGUGGGUAGAGGGCGGGGUCUUAUGACAGGUAUGUCGGCAAUUUUGUUGCUAAUUCUAAAGGUCUGUAUAACCAACUUUUUUCCUUCCAAAUUUUCAGUGAUCUAGCUUAACAUCUGGGACCAACACAUGUUUCCUUGGUGUUUAAUAAUAGCUUGUUCUAUUUUUUAUUUCAGGUAUCUAUCAAGCCAGGUUCACCUUGAGUUAGCCUAUUUGUACCUCUACUAUUAUGAAUUUAAAAGAGCUAGGGUAAUCAAAGUUUUUGUUGUUGAUACUUGUUGAUUAUCUAAGAGAACUGAUAUUGAAAGAGCUUUAAUUAUUUCUUAUUAAAGGUUUAAGUAGCGGUAUAUGUAUUUGAGGGAGAAAUAAACAAUGAUUUUAAUUUUGAGCUUUUAAUACUCCUUCUGUGGUGUUGAUGAUGCUUUGUAGUCCAGUCCAAAGAAAUAAAUUAAAGAUGAUGGUUUGAAAAUCCCUGACUUAAGUGAUACUAACUAUGUUUGUAGUCCUGUUACUAAAUAAUACACAAUAUCUACAGGUAUUAUCAGUACUGGAUUCUAUGGUUCCAGAAAAUAUCCAUGCAGUUCACCUCCAACUCCACAUUUUACAGGGUGGCAGUGGUCUCUUUAAACAUUUUUAAAAAAGCGUGUUCAUUAUUGUUCGCAGAAUUUUUUUAUUGGGGCAGAAGGGGGGCAGUUUGUGAUCUGAUUGUAUAAAUUAUUUUUCUCUUAGUCAUUCAUAAUUUACUGGCCAGUAAUCAGCCCCAAAAGUGGGAAAUGAAGCAGACUUUUGGCUCGUUAAUUGGGAGUAUUGAUGAAGGUUUCCUUCUUAUAUUUCUCUCAUUUGCUUUAGUAAUGCUAAUUAUCAAAUAAAAAUACUAAAUCUUACUGAUUUUUUAUCCCCCCGUUAAUCCAUAGGAGCAUUUCAGUGCAGCACAGUCCAAUUUAGGUUUGAAGGUUGAACUGUCAGGUAAAAUUGUCAGCAGUCAAAAUUUAAAAAUAUACAAAGAUUACAGAGUAUCAAUAGGCCCUUUGCAGUUGUUAUUCACAUGUACAUGUAUUACAAAACCGCCUUGCUGGAGAGCAAGAGGGCAUACUGUAUUUUGCGGACUGGACUGGAUUGUACUCGACUUGUAAAACGCGGACUAGUAAAACUCGGACUUGUAAAACGUGGACUAGUAAAACGCGGACUGGUAAAACGCGGACUUGUAAAACGCGGACUGGUAAAAUGGGGACUAGUAAAACGCGGACUGGUAAAACAUGGACUUGUAAAACAAGAAGAGAAGUACAUACUUACAAAAGAAAUUACUAUUUCAAAGGGUGUUCUUUUGUUUGUCUUCUCCCUAUCCAGUAGUAUGCAAGCUCCUUGCACUCAAAGAGGCAAUUUUUUACCGCCGGAAUGACUAUGCUCCAAACCUAGGCCUAUUUAAGUCAUUUUAUCAUGUGUAUAUGAACACAUUGAUACAUGUUGAAGAACUAGAGAGUCCAUGUUGUACAGUUCACUAAAAGUAAUAAUAAAUUAUCAAAAAGCUUUUUGAGUGGAUGAGUUAACACCUAAGAAACAAAAAUCUUACUGAGGGCCACAAAAUAAAAAUAUUUGUGUGUUAAAAAUGCACUAGGUGCUCUUGGAAAAAGAACAAAGUUUCAGCAAAAAGAUGUCUCUCAGUUGUGUCUUCUGGUUGAAAGAGAAAAGGACUUUAAGGGUAGGUUCAUUGCACGUUUGUUCAGUCAGCUGUGUUGACAAUAAAUUAAUGUAUAAUCAUUUGCUGUACUAUAGCUAACCUUUGAGGGAUAUAUAUAAAUGGUUUAAACAAUUUUAUUGUUUCAUAAUCGAAUACAGCUGUAUGUUACAUCACCAGGGUUUUAAGUGAAAUGGAUUAAAUUUAUGUAACUACUUGUGACAUUUCUUUAUGAUAAUAAUGUUUUCCUGUUCCUUGAUUAUAGUAUCAAUUGUAUAUGUUACAAGUACCGGUAUUCAGGUUAAAUUUUUUUAACUUGAGUUGAUUCUCAAUUUUAUUUGUCUCCUAGCCCUAGCCCUAGCCCUAAUUCAUGAAUAAUUAGGGCUAGGAGACAUGGGAGAUUUAGAAUCAACCUAGGAUAAAAACUUUAACCUGAAUUAAAUCUUGACCUGUAACAUAUACAUUUAGUAAACAGAGCUUUGGAUAAUUGCAUAUUAAUUUUUAUAUACAUUCUGUUUGAUUUUUUAUCUUUUAUCAUUCCAUCAGAUGAUAAAAAUAGAUGAUAAAAGACAGUAUUAAUUUAGAAUGUUUUUAGUUUGAUGUUCAUUUUUAAUUCCAUUUCCAUCAUCUAGCUGAAUCACUUGAAGAACCUGAUCAACCACAAAACAUGCCAAUGGUAAUUUUUUAAAAUAAUGUUAUGAAAGAUUUUAUUUUACAUUUUAUUGUGAAUUAAAUCAAUUUUAUUUUCUGUCGUUGAUUAGUUUUUUGAGCCCCCCCUCCCAUGCCAGAAAUGUAUUAAUUAAUGUACCCUUUAGAUAAUAGUCACUGCAAAAACUGUUUAUAAUGUGUCACGUUUGCAUUGAUUUACUUUCUUGUAGGAUGUGAUGCUUAAUGAUGAUACUCUACUGGAAAAAGUCAAAUUCCAAGAUGUGAAUUUUCAAGAAAGCAAUGAACCUGUCAGUGCAUUUGAUCAAGCUAUCAUCCUGGGAUUGACGUAAGACAUUAGCAGCUGGUCAGUUUUUUGGGCAACUUGAAUAAAAAUUUCUUCACAGGCAGCUCAAACUCUGCAUUUAGUGUAGUUAGUAAUACAGUGAUAAUAGCUUUGUAUACUUAGCUUACACUGUAUGCCCGUCUGAAGUUAGCGUAAUUUAUUUUGUGAUGUUAAAAUGUGAGAGUGAAGUAAGCCCUGGAGAGUGCCUCAGCUUUAAACAUGAAGACAAAAUGUUUCAAAAAUUAAUAAAAUUAAUUUUAGUCUUUUAAUAGUCAGCCAGGAAGAGGUGAUUUUCUUUUUUUCUUUUUGCAUUUCUUCUGCAAAUUCUAUAAAGUUUGUGCUAUUGUAAUACUAUUUAAGUACUCAAAAUAAUGCCAAGGUUGUGAUUUUUCUGCCUAACCUUGGACAUUAACACAAAUUUUUCGACUAUACCUUGUAGAGAAUUAUAUACUUUUUUUUUCAUCAUUUUUUGUAGUGUUGAAAGUCAAAAGAGCCAGGCCUGCCACAGACUAAAUACAGAGGAACUGCUGGCGUACCUAGAGGUUCAGUAAUUUUAACAUUAAUAUUUUAUUAGCCAUAUUAAGAUAAAUAACUGCAUUAAAACUUAAUUAUUAGAAUCACAAGUCACAUGCAAUAGGUUUCACUACAAAGCCUUGAAACAAUAUCAUUGAAAUAAUAAUAUGAAGCUGUUUCUUUGGAAAACUCUGUGGCAUGUAUAGUAAAAAAUAAAAGAAAAACAUACACACAAAAGUAUGUUACUUAAUAGAGUAUUUUCCUUACAUUGGUCUGUGCUUACAUAUUUGGUUACCAAAGCAAGGUAGUAGAAUGAGUUUGCCAUCUCUCCAGCUAAAAAGAAUAGAUGGAUUUUGCUGCAACAUUUCUUUUCCAAAACCUACACCCUGAAUAGAAAUAUUAAUGCCGGCUCAUUUGAAUCUGUUCUAUGUCACGUGCAUUUUAAAGUUCCUGCUUUGCAUGAUCUAAUGAAACACGUUUUCCUGGAUUAUAAUGCAUGUAAUUAUGGCACAUUAAGAUACAGAUUCAUAUAUUUGUGUAAAGUAAUGAUUAUGAUACAACAGAUGACUGUUAUUUUAUAUUAUUAGGUGAUUACAAGUCAACCGAAAUCUUGGUGUGUUCAAAUGAUGGCAUUGCUGAUGAGAAGCAGAUUGGAAAAAGACUCAAGAAGGAAGAUGGAGCGAUCCAUGAUGCAGCUACAGGUAUAUGAUGUAUAACUGACUUCAUUUUUAUACAUUUGGAGUUUAAGGUGACCUAAUAAAGAGACUGCGGCAGUGUUAGCUCAGUCGGUAGAGUGUGUUGACUGCAGAGCGGGAGGUCGCGGGUUCGAUUCCUGGGGCCGCACCAAUACUCAGGGUCUUAAAAUAACCGAGAAAUGAAGGUACUCCCUUUGCACUGCAACAGGCUAGACCUUCGUGUGGCUCGGAUGACCAUAUAAAAUGGCGGUCCCAUCUCCAGUUGGAGUCGUAAAAUAUAGUGUCCCCAAUUAGUACUUUCGUGCUAAAUACAUUGACACUCAAAUAAAAGUGCAUUUUUUUCAGAACUGUUUAAGUGCCAACAGUUACAUUGCUGAUUUUAUAAUAGCUGUAUUAAUAGUUUGCGACAAUGUUUUUUUUAAUUUUUUAUUAUUUUAAAUUUUUUUUACAGGCUUUGGUAGAUUCAAUUGAAAAUCCAUCCCCAAAGGUACAGUGUAAGGUUCUUCUUUGACUAGGAUAUUAAGAUAAAUAAUGGAUCCUGUAGAGACCUUUCUGGUAUUCCACUCUGGUAAACGUACAUAAACAAUGAAAGUCAAGGCUUGAGUGGACAAUAUUCAGACAAAUCACUGUAUUUUGUCACCCCCCAAUCCUGGGUGUUUCUUGGUGCUGGAAACCAUUGUUGGUUCGCGGUUGUGUUGUGAUGUGGGUAUUAUUGGACAUUAAUUUUCGAUCUUUUGUAUUACAUCCUUUGCUGAUUGCACCUGUCCGCAGAACCAAAAAACUAGCCCAAUCCUUGAGUUGUACCUCUAUUCACAGGAGUGCAGUGACGGUUUAAUUUAAAAAUUAUUCAUAAACAAAGGAAGCUUCCUUCAUUUUUUCACUUUUUCCUGGUGUAGGGUGAAAAUGCACUCAGUCUGCCGUUAAUAACGAUUGUUUAACCAACUUUUUAGGCAGCUGAGAGGCAAGCAUUAUUUUACUCUGUACCCCUUCCACCAAAGUGGACUAUUCAGGUAGGGAAUAUGGAAGCAUAAACGUUGAUCAGAUCGUGCGUGAGUAGGGCUUUAUUCUCGAGCUUAACUGGUCUGUUCAGAAUAGUUUCAUUGUAUAGUACCAGAAUAGCCGUUUACGACUUGGCCAGUUAUUUUUAUUUUCCAUUAAUGCAAAGGUGUUCUUUGGAUUUCUUUCAAAUGGCGUUUCUAGGAAAAAAUGCGUUGAUGUUCCAUUGUGUGAUGAAUCGUUAACGUGUUUAUUGUUCAAUGAGAAUCGAGUGAAUAAUAAUGCUUUUAGCUCGUUCGUGCAUGUUUUGUCUGUUCGUAAAUUAAAAAGGCUCAUAAAUCAGCCUCAACGUUCUCUUUUAAAAAGGUUCUUUUUAGAAGACGAGUGUGUUUGAUAAUCGAUGACUAACGACUUACCAUAGUUUAUAAAUGCUAUUGAUUUUAUUUGUAGAGAGAUUUAGCCAACUUGCUGUUUCAAAUGGGUGUGGUCAAGGGUGCUUUGGAGAUAUUUGAGCGGAUCAAUUCCUGGGAGGAUGUGGUAUCCUGUUAUCAAAGUUUAGGAUGGUAUGCUAAGGUUAGCGGAGACUGGUACAGAAUUUCUUAACCUAUUUGAAUUUCAUACUAAGAAUUAAAAUGAAGCAUUUAAUAAACUUACGUUCCGUCUGUUUGUUAAGAUGGCAGGCAAUUUGCCUCGUUCUUUUUUGUGUUUUUAUUGACCUCGACUUCAUCUCGGUCCAUUAAAACGCAAAAAAGAACUUGGCCCGCAAUAUAAUAUCCAGCCAUUUUGUCCGGUGGGCGAGCUUAGUCUGACUGGCCAAUAAUUCUUAUUUACAGACAUCGAACUAAUUUUGGCAUGAUGAAUAAUUCUCAGUACAGUGGAACCCCGUUAAUACGGUCACCAAUGGGCCUAAAAAAAAUUGGCCUUAUUACCGGGGCAGGUUCAAAUUUAAUGACUUCCUGUACAACAACCGGAAUGUAGAUAUCGCGUGCAGUAAUUGUAAAAACUACUUGUAAUCUUCCUUUAGCACAUAAAACACGUUAAAAAAUCGGCUAUUAAACAGCCACAAAUGCAUUUUAAGUGUGCUGUGGUCUAAAAUCAAUACAAGAACAUGCCCAGCUUACUAGGUCAAGGAAAUGGCAUGUCACAGACGUCGCAAUUUUUUAAAUUUCGAACAAGUGGCCAUGUUAACGAGGUGAUAUUAUAGAUGAUUCUACUGUCUGGAAUUUUUAAAAUGUGUCUGUCGACCAUAUUAACGGCUGACCGCAUUAACGAGGGUCUUUUAUAAGGAAAUGUGCGGCCGUUUUGCCGGGCCAAAAAAAGUCGCCGUCAUAACGAGGUGAUGGUAUUACCGCGGCGGCCGUAAGGCGGGGUUCCACUGUACAAGCAAAAUGUGUGCGAGGCUUUCGGAAAUGGCGAUAGCCGUGGUCUGCGAGCGGGAUGACCGCUGUGUACGAAGUGUGUGAAAGAUUAGCGAAACCUCGCUCCCUCGUAUCCGGUCGGGACCCAUUAUAGCCGCGAAGGAUUUUGAGAACGUCUAAAGAGAAGCAAGAGGGCAAGAGUGUUCAGGGUGAACUAGUGUUCCUAGCCCAACAAGAAAGCCCUGGCAAGAAGAAAUAGAAAUAGAAAAGAAAUAGUUAUUGUGAACUUUCUGCACGCGACCUUAGGCGCAUUGUAGCAUGCAGUGUCCGACAUGUUCUCAUUCUUACGAGUUUUUGUUUUACAGGCAGAAAACCUCUUACGGGAACAGCUGAAGAUAAAUGAAAGUGCACUUCUGUGGUGUUUGUUAGGUGAUACAUUAAAGGUACACUGAAUUAUUGUUGUAAUGUAUGAGGUUUCAACUUAAAGCAGAGUGCAAACCGGUACGGAAGUUCGGAUGUCCCUAACUUUAAGAUUUGAGUGUCGUGUCUCCCUACUAAAAAGCCAUUUCUUAUGUUUCUGAUUUACUCGGAUAGGCUAGUGGUUUGUUUAUUUAUUUAUUUUGUUCACGAGAAUACAUAUUUAUUUUCUUUAGGAUGCUUCUUGUUAUGAGAAAGCCUGGGAAGCAUCAGGGCAUCGCAGCUCCAGAGCGCAAAGAUCCCUGGGAUUCAUCCACUUGAGAAAUAAAGAGGUCGCUGAGAAUGCUCUUCCUUGUUUCCGUUAUUCCUCAGAAGUUCUUUCAUAAAGCUUUCAUAUGCAAUAUGAAUACUGGAGUUAAAAUAGUUCCAUGAAAAUCAUUUCACUCCAAAAUUCUCUGUCUUUUUAGAGUUCAUUUUAAGAAUUACAAGCCAGCUGUCGAGUAGGACUUACCCUUUUUUUAGUGGUCAGGGCUGACCAAGUUUUUAUCGUGUCACUUUGUGGAAAGAAAGUUUUGUCUUGAGCAAUUUCUUCAUCUAUUCACGGAGCGGUUUAUUGUUUUCUCGAGUUUCUGUUAAGUUAAAGUAUUUUUUACAUGAAUGAGAAAGAAUUGGCCCAAUUUUUUUGCUUUUCUAGUACGCCAAAUCAAUACCUUGCUUUCAAAAGUCACUGGAAAUCAACUCUUUACAGGUAGGACACGCGAAAACUUAGUCUACUUUUAUUUGUACUACAUUGAACGAUAAGAGUGAACUUAAUUAAUAACCGGUUCAGUUUGAGAACAAUUUACUCUCAGUUUAGUUAUACCGUUUAAGAUUCAUUGUGUUGUAAUAUGGCCGGUGAGAAAUCUUUCUUUAAAAGGUAAGAUUGAUAAAUUACGGUAUUGCACCUACCAUAGUUAUUAAAGUGGAAUUGUUAUGAAACACGUUAGAUUCCUUUGUUAUAUGUUUUUGUUAGCUUUUUUGAACCUGACCGUGUACAACGUUCGAUAGAAUUCCUAUCAUUUCGAACUUAUUGACUAACAGAGACAUCGCAUUGACUUAUUCAGUCACAAUUUGUGAACAAAAAAAUAGAAAGGAUUGUGCACGGUCAGGGAGCUUCCAACAUAAACUGUAGUACCGUUGUUUUCAACUUUGAUGUUUGCCGGCUUUCAUAACCAGUCUCCUAUACUAACUAUGCACAUACAUUGCGACAAUCAGAGUAUCUUUUGAAACGUAUAGCAGUCCACAGAGUAUUACUCAACCACGGUAUCCUUUAAAAUCUAGGGCAAAUGAAAAUUAUUGCGUUUAAACACUUGAUACAGAUUCCGUUUCAUUAUGCCAUGUAGAUUCAGUUGAAACAGUUUUCCUCUCGACGUUCUAAACCGGUGGUUUAGAAUUUAAAAAAUAAGUUGUCCUAAUGUUUGUUGGUUACCCUGUGGUAACCUGCGAUCUAUUUGGAGGAAGUAGCAAAACACAGACAACUGUAGUAGGUUCUUCCCAUAGAAGCUAACACUUUGAUUCUGCUAUUUUGAGGGUCUUUUGAAGCUGAUUCACUAGAUAACCUGCACGGUAAAGAUUCAUCAUGUAUUUUAUAGGAAGGAGUGUGGUUCUCGCUUGGAUGUGCGGGACUGGCGACAAAUGAUUUGGAAAUUUGUGCAAAGGCUUUUCAUCGCUGUGUUUCCAUCGACAGUCAGGUUUGAUAGAAUUUCGCGUUGUGGUCCUAUUUAACCCUUUCAGUUCUAAUAGUGACGAAAGAAACCAAAAACAUCACUUUUCUGUAAAAUCCUAAGAAAUAGCGAGUAUUGUGAACACCAUAGGAUUUUGUCCUCAGACUUUAUACAAGUUAAACAAAAAGGCACGAGCCUUUUGAAUCUCUGUUUUGAUCAGUUAAAGAAUAACAGUCGGCCACUCCAUUUGUCAUCAUAAAUGCGAUUGUUUGAGAGCUUGACCUUUUCACCAAUGCGUUGAUCACCGAUAUGGGAGAGAUAUUUUAUAUAUUCCUAGACUUUCACUCAACUAAACAGGGACUGCCAUUGGUUGAUUCUUGGUCACGUGGCCUUGACUAAAAUCAAAUGUAUCCCGAUCGUGAUACAUUAAACAAUGUAUCCCGCUCGGGAUACAUUGCAGCCAGCACGUGAUCAAAGCAUGGUGGAAAGUGGUGUGACAGAAGGCGGGAAAAACACCGCCAGGUCCAGCCAAUUUUCUUUUUCGUGAAUGAACACAACAACACAAAAACGAAGCCUCAAGCUAAAAAGCAACGAUUUUUAAAGUUAUCCCAGAAGUUCCCAGAAGUUCCUAGAAGAAAAACAGCCGCUAGUGGAGGAAAAAGAUGCAGAUAAUAUGAGGAAAGUACUUUUGUUUGUAAAUCAUUCAUCCAGUGGUUUUGAGAAUUAAAUUUGUGUUGUUAUAAGUACCGAGUCGACUGUUUUGGUUCGCUCCGGUUAUUCUUUUGUUGCUGUUGAAGUGAAAGUCUAGAAAUAUAACAAAACACUUAAUGUCAGGUCCCUCGGGAAACCAGUUAGUUUUGUUUUCCCUCGAGUCCUGAUGUUUCCCUCGACUUCGUCUCGGGAAACAUCAGGACUCUUGGGAAAACAAAACUAACUGUUUCCCUCGGGAUCUGACAUUAAGUGUAUAUUGUAUGUCAUAUGACAUUUCUAGUAAUUCUAUCAAAUUUGCUGAUUAUGGCGUGUUUACAUGUGUACGUUACUCCAACAGAACGCAGAAGCUUGGAAUAAUCUUUCUCACGUUUACAUAAAAAAUGGUCAAAAGUGAGUAAACAAUUGAUAGUUUGAGUAGUAAUUCCUGGUGAAGAGCUGAGACGGGAUAAAUAUUCAGUUUGUCGCAGGUGUGGAGUAAAGAGAAAAAUGUCAGGCAAAGAUUGUAUUCGAACCAUUGACCGUUGCAACCACGGUCAUGAAGCCGGCUCUAACCACUCAGCUCCUUUAGGACUCAUGGGCCAGUUUGGUUAUUUUCGUUAGGUUAGUUUUAACAUGUGGUCUGCCUAUCAUGUACUUGGAAUUUUUUUUUUUUCAGUCCUCCGCUGUGAUAGAACUACCAGUAACCAGGGCAUGUUCGCCACGUGUCAUCAUCAAGAGCAAAAGAGCUUUUAUUGGCUUCCCAUAAGUCUCCCGGUUUUCUUAUGGGGAAAAAAGAAGAGUGAAACGAUCUGAUUCCUGGGAAGCUUUGGAGGAGAAAAGUUCAAAGAAACAUUCGUGUAAAAAAACGUUUUUUUUUUCUCUUUUGUUCGUCACUAUAGGUCACGUGCACACCUUACCCUCCAAGAAGCUCUGAAAGGAAAUUAUGAGAGUUGGCACAUUUGGGAAAACUACUUAGUGGUGAGUACAUUGGUGGACUGGCAGUAGUGUGUCUUGAAACCACGUGGUAGAUUGGUAAAGGUGAUGGUUGUGUAAAUCUCACUCGUACCCAGUCGACUCUCUUACUGUGUAAAUUCAGGUGCAAAAGACGGUGGGACGGGAAAAGUUUGCCUUCCGACGAUCAGUUAUUCACCUCGUCUCGCGCGACCUCUCGAAGGAUCUGUGAAGGCGUCUGAAUGACGAUGAUAAUAAAGUCUCAUGUAGACCUAAUAAACUGAAAAAAAAUUUCACUUUUUCAAAGGAAAUUUUCCUUCACUAAUUAGAAAUGAUUUUUUCCAAUGCUUGUACAAUGUUUGUCCUGAUACUUUUGUCUUCAAAAAGUGCGGUGUCAACUUUGAUUUCUUGAACCGUUUGAAUAAGGUGUUCUUCUUCCUCUGUGUCUUCUCCACAGAAAGGAGACAUCUCCUACCUUACGUUGGCAAAUUCAUUUGAAAUCCCCUGCUUUAUUCUUAAAACUGCAGGCCAGUUGUUUUUUACUCAACUGGUUUGGCGAUAUAUAGUCCGGGUUUCAAUGUAUUUAACACGAAAAUACCAAUUUGGGACACUAUAUUUACGUUUCCAACUAGAGACAGGACCGCCAUUUUACGUGGUCAUCCGAGCCACACGUGCGAGGGUCUAGCCGCUUGCAGUGCAAGGGGGGUGAGUAUUGGUCCGGCCGCGGGAGUCGAAUCCACGACCUCCCACUCGGCAGUCAGACGCUCUACCGACUGAGCUAACCUUGCCGCGGGUAACUUUUAAUAAUUACUUGUUUGUUUGUUUGUUUUUUGUUUGCUAGGUCAGUGUUGACGUAGGGGCUUUCAAUGAUGCCAUAAACGCGUUUCAUCGGAUGAUGGACUUGCGUGACAAGUACUGUGAUACAGAGGUCAGCGGUUUACAAAUCUUUCCUUUAGUACGAUGAUAUGAUCGAUAUGUUGUCCAUGUUAUUGGGACAUUGAGCUUUUUAAUCCGGAAUACUUCUUAGUGAGUUUCUGAGAAAUUGUAAAUGCCAAGACUAGGAAUGUGUUCGAAUAACUUGACUAAACUAUACUUGCAAAAUGAGACAUCAAGUCUUUAUCACAUUCGACGCACGUAUAAGAAAUGUAAAAUGUAAAAAUAAAAAUGUUCUAGAAGUUUUAAAAUCCUUGAAAUAUAUUUCGCUCUUCGAGUCUCGUCAGUCAAUAAAAUUUUCAUGUAAGAUGCACUAAAAGGUUCAAACUUUUGAGUGACAUAAAAGUAAAAGAAAUAUGCCAUGAGAUAAAAAUAAAAAGGGUUACAAAAGAAGUUUUCUGAGGUUAACUUUUUCUGUAAAGAUAAGCAAAACUAAUUUGAUUCUCAAAAUACGUGUUAUGGCUUUAGAUUUUAGGGAUUCUUGUAAAAGCGGUGAGUCAAGGACUGUUGGACUGCAAUCAGAAGCCAGGUACCUGAAAAUCUUUUGAAUUAUUAAUGAAAGCACAUCCACGAAGUGGUUCUUCGUCUACAUGAUUCCUGGUCGAAAAGGAAUUUGGAAAUGUUGGUUUCUGAGGAGAGAGGAAAACCGGAGUACCCGGAGAAAAACCUCUCGGAGCAAGGGAGAGAACCAACAACAAACUCAACCCACAUAUGGCGUCGACGCCGAGAUUUGAACCCAAGCCACAUUGGUGGGUGGGGAGUGCUCUCACCACUGGGCGGGCCACCCUUGCUCCCACCCGCUACUGAUAAAUGUUGAAAUCCAACUUGUUCCCGUAAACUUAUAGAUAAAAAUUACUGAUUGCAAUAGUUAUUUUUGAAAAAAGGUGAAUUGCUGCUUUGUAUAUAUUUCCAUCAAAGCCUAGUGUCAUCGAUGGAACCGGUUUUAAUGAUGUCAGUUUCACUAGAGGAUUUCUGUUUUUCAUUUACAGCUUCAGUUCUGAAACCUAACCUUCUUAAGUUAAUGGGAAGGCUUACAUCUCAGGUAAGUAAGUUUCUGUGCACGAAAUGACUUUUCUACAUUCAUGAUAUAUAGCAACAGUUAAUUAUUCGUUUACGUUUGUUGGGAGGCUUGAAUCUGAAGAAAUAUGAUAGCCCUUGUCCUUCCAAUAAAAAAAACGUAGCAAUGAGUGGAGCUGCUCUUCAAAUAAUAGUUAUAAUAAGAUGCUUUUAUUAGCUAAGAAUCUGCUCGUAACCUCCAAAUUGGUAAACAAAAGAAUCUAACUAAACCUCAACCACUGCAGAGAUAGAGUUUUUUAGAAAUAAGCUGAUCAUCAUAUAGCUACUGUGAUCGGUCUGAUCUUUUAAGGUAACGAACAAUCCUGAUGUAUGGAAGUUAUACUCGGACCUAUAUUGGAAUGGUGGAUCACAAGAGGAGAAAGAAAAGGUCUGGAAUGAUUUGCCGAUUAAAUGUAUACUUACUUUCUCUCGCUUUAGUGACUUUGCGAGAUUAAGAUCGGGGUUUUCGAGGGAUUACUUAGACUUUUCCAGUGCACAAAAACUGUCCAUCACUCAUCAAACGUUUCGUCAUUCGCUUGCACAUCACUGAAGGAUCCCACCCGACUCGUUCAUAGUCUUUUCACGCUUUUUGCGUCACCAAAAUGUCCUUUCAAAAUUUAGUUCCAACUUAGAAUGAAGCGCUUUCAUUUGAAAUAGUUUGAGAUAUCGUAUCUGAAAAGGAAACUUAAAACCGGUAAUUGCCUUCCCCAAUUUUAUACGAUAAAUAACUGCAAAAUUGCUAGAAUAGGUAGGACAAAACAGUAAAUGGGGUCAACAAACGAAAAUUCGUUAUCAAACGAAAGAAAUACAAAUCGGUGUUUGAAAACUGGGAAUUUGUUUACUGUUUGCUCAACCUCUUGAGGUGUCAGCUCAAGCAUUUUUGCGACUUCUCCUUUGAAAAUGACUUAACCAUUUUUGUUGCCCACAGUCGCUUUAAACAAUUCAUUUCUUGGAUUAAUUUCAGGCGCUUCAUUUCUUGGUGAAGGCCCAUAGAACUAAGACCCAGGCUACAGGCUGGGAGAAUGACGUCACCAAGUUCAAGGAUGUUAUAGCGUUGACUGUUCAUCUUAGUGACGGUAAGAUUACAUACCACAAUGUUAUAUACUCUCUAUACACAAGCCGACAAAUUAUCUGCACUGUCCUGCCUGUUUCUUUCCAGUGGUUCAGUGGUCUUCUGAUAUGUUCAUUCUUACAGUGUACGUAGAAGUAGGUCAGUGCAAAGAUAACAAGACUGAAUCACUUCAGCUUCUGUCAUCAGCCAAGCUUGUCCUUAAACAGUUGAUCACGAGAGCCAAGGUAAGUCAGUAAAGUAUUUUUAGGUAAAGUGAAAGCAAAUCCCGCUUUGCUUUAAUAUAUAACGGUAAAUAGGCAUUACUAAAACUGUAUCCUUAAUCGAUCAUUGCAGUGUAUACUGGUAAUUUAUUGAUAGAUUUUGUAUUCCUAUUAUAACAGAAACACCAUACGGAUUCAUUAACUGGAAAUAUCCCUCCAGAGCUUUCGCAAUCCAUCACAGACCUGGAUAACAGCCUUCAGAGAAUUACGGACUUGAUUUCAAGCGCGAAGAGUUAA